AUGGGAAAAGGAAAGGGUCCCCUGAUUCGUCCUCCUGCAAAUCCGGUGGAGGAGAGUACUGCGGAACGGGAGGGCAGAACGCACAACCGUAAUGUUACCAGUUCUAAACGUCGUGAGGAACGGACUGGUGCUUUUGUACAACCACGUAUGACAAUUAAGGAGGAGGAGGAGACAGAGGCAGAGCCCGAGCAGGAGAUGGAUACAUAUAUGGAUCCCCACGAGGACGAGUACAAUCCAGGACUACGUUUUCAGCAGAAGUAUCAGUUCCCGGUGCCUGAUUUGCCAUCCGAUGAUGAUGACGAGGACGGUUUGACUCCGGCUUAUACAAUGGCUGGUACUUCCGGUGGUUCUACUCCUGCCCCAAACCCGAGGUCCCGGCCCGGUCCCAAAAAAACUCUUCAUAUUCGACCGUGGAAGUUAAUUGGUGAGACACCCGGUGGACCAAAAUACCCUCAUUUGAUUCCGAGUUUUGGAGCCCAUGUUGCCUACGACAUCUGGGAGGGAAAGGGCCGACAUAUGCUGAAGUUGCGGUCUCAUGCGAAGUCUACUUGGCCGGGCCCCAACGACUAUUAUAGUGUUUCACUACUGGAGAGUACCGGGUUGUAUCACUUGCGUUAUUGUUCGCUCCCUCACCACAAUAACCCAUUGAUAGAGGCUUUCAUCGAGAGGUGGCAGCCAGACACCAACAGCUUUCAUAUGCCGUUUGGAGAGAUGACAAUUACUCUCCACGAUGUGCACUAUAUCAUGCAUUUGCGAGUUAGUGGAAAACGCCCUAACGUUUGGAUAGAUAAGGCAGAUGCGAUUUAUGCAGGUGCGAGAGCGUUCGGUGUCGAGCCCCGAGAUAUGGAGAAGUGGUAUGGCGGCGGAUCCCGGUUAGAUGAUUUGGAUAGGAUGUAUGGCGACGAUUCUUCAUUUGCUUCCGAGUUUCAGGUACGAGCAUAUAUUGCGUACUUGCUUGGAAAGCUAUUGUUUGUCGAUAAGAGUGAAUCGAAGGUGAAAGCAGAUUUUUUCCCACUUUUAGAGCAGAUCGAUAUGAUUUCUGACUAUUCCUGGGGUUCGGCUACAUUGGCCUAUUUGUAUCGACAAUUGGGCAUGGCUACGCGAGCUGAGGCGGCGCAGAUGGGUGGUUGUCUGACACUGUUAGAGUGUUGGAUAUAUGAGUAUUUUCCGUGUUUCCGGCCUCCGAUGGUUAACGCACAUGUGAAUGGAGAGCCCUGGUGUAAGAGGUGGCAGGUGAUACAUCAUAUCCCUAAAGACGAGGAUAUACUUGUUGAUUAUCGUCGACGUCUUGAUUCUAUGCGUGCGUCAGAUGUAAGUAUCAAGUUUAAAUAA